GGCUGAAGGAGCACCCGAAGCCCGGCGGCUCGUCCUUUGUGCCCGGAGCGGUGGGAAUGCAUCCGCGUUAAGGAGCCAGCUCCAGUAUGGGGUCCAAAUCUACCUGGGCCUCAGGCCUCCUGGUGCUGUGGCUGCUGAUCCUAGUGACUGGGGAUCAGGACAAACAGGAUACCACCACAGAAAAGGGGCUUCACAUGCUGAAGUUGGGGCCCAGACCCGUGCGUGCUGCCCUGGCAGAGCUGGUGGCCCUGCCCUGCCUCUUUACCCUGCAGCCAUGGCCAGGCACCCUUCGAGACAUUCCUCGGAUCAAGUGGACCAAGGUUUGGACUGCGUCAGGUCAGCGACAAGAUUUGCCCAUCUUAGUGGCCAAAGACAAUGUGGUGCGUGUGGCCAAGGGCUGGCAGGGACGGGUGUCAUUGCCAGCUUACCCUCGGCACAGAGCCAAUGCCACGCUUCUGCUGGGGCCGCUGCGGGCCAGCGACUCCGGGCUGUACCGCUGCCAGGUGGUGAGAGGUAUCGAGGAUGAGCAGGACCUGGUGACCCUGGAGGUGACAGGCGUCGUGUUCCACUACCGGGCGGCCCGGGACCGCUACGCGCUGACCUUCGCUGCCGCCCAGGAGGCCUGCCGCCUGAGCUCCGCCACCAUCGCCGCCCCCAGGCACCUGCAGGCUGCCUUCGAGGACGGCUUUGACAACUGUGACGCUGGCUGGCUCUCGGACCGCACGGUUCGAUACCCCAUCACGCAGUCGCGUCCUGGUUGCUAUGGUGACCGCAGCAGUCUGCCCGGGGUUCGGAGCUACGGGAGACGCGACCCGCAGGAACUCUAUGACGUCUACUGCUUUGCCCGCGAGCUGGGGGGCGAAGUCUUCUACGUGGGCCCCGCUCGCCGACUGACCCUGGCGGGGGCGCGGGCGCAGUGCCAGCGGCAGGGUGCGGAGCUGGCCUCGGUGGGGCAGCUGCACCUGGCCUGGCACGAGGGCCUGGACCAGUGUGACCCCGGCUGGCUGGCGGACGGCAGCGUGCGCUACCCGAUCCAGACGCCCCGCCGGCGGUGCGGAGGGCCCGCCCCGGGUGUGCGCACAGUCUACCGCUUCGCCAACCGCACCGGCUUCCCCGCGCCUGGAGCGCGCUUCGACGCUUACUGUUUCCGAGCUCACCACCUCACACCACAACAUGGAGACCCUGAGACCCCUGCUUCUGGAGAUGAGGGGGAGAUUGUGUCAGCAGAGGGGCUCCCAGCCCGAGAGCUAGCGCCCAGCCUGGGGGAGCAGGAGGUGGCACCUGACUUCCAGGAACCUCUUCUGUCCAGUGGAGAAGGUGAACCCCUGGGCUUGACAUGGACCCAGGGGCCUCAGGAGAGCCUCAGCUCUGCCCCAGGAGGCCCCACACUGGCUUCCUGGCCCUCUUCAGAAAAGUGGCUGCUUCCAGGGGCCUCAGGCUCCACAGCUGUCCCCAGCAGUAUGGCAGUGGAAAUGGAGAACACAACACCCUCUGGCACACAGGUGGCCCCUACUCCCACGACAAGGAGGGGCCGCUUCAAAGGCCUGAAUGGUCGGCACUUCCAGCAGCAGGGCCCAGGUGGCCAGCAGCCUGAGACAGCAGAGGCCAGCCCCCAGCCUCCCACCCCAGAAGCUCCUGCUGACCACACAGGGCCUUCGGCAGCCACAGAGGCCUCAGACAGCGACCGCAACAGCAGUGCCUGGGGCAUUCUGACCAACGAAGUGGAUGAGCCAGGGGCAGGUUCUCCUGGCAGCAGGGGUGCCCCAGAGUCCGGGAUGUGGUCCCCGUCUUUGAUCUCACCCAGCGGCCCGAGCAUCGACAGUACCCCUGGCCCACCAGGGGCAGCCGAGGAGGCCCUCAGUGUGAAAUCAACCACCCAGCACCUGCCCUGGUCACCCUCAGAGCCCGCUGUCUCUCCCUCCAGUUCCUCAGAGGUCCUGAGUGCUGUGUCCCCUGAUGACAGCUCCCCAGACUUCCCCAUUGUAGCCAUGCUUCGUGCCCCCAAACUGUGGCCUCCAGAACCCUCCACACUUGUCCCCAGUGUGACCGCUAUUAUGCCCUCCCCAGCUUCCCCACUCCCCUCCUGGGGCCUGGAAGAAGAGAAUGAGGACAUCGCCACUGCCAGGCCUGCCAGCCUUGGAGCAGGAGGUUCCACUAUGGCUGUCCCAGUUGAAGCCAGCCACAGAUCCCUUGCUGCAGAUUCUAGAGAAACUGGGGGGAUCAGCUCUACCCAGGCUACAGAGCUCCCCAGCUCUGGCCCAUGGAUGUCCAUGGACUCCAGUAAUGUGACGGUGAAUUCUGUUGCCUCUGAUGCUGGCAUCACUGGGACUGAAUCUGGAGCCUGGGACUUACCAGGGAGUCCCAUAUCCGGUGGACAGGCUACUGUGGACAAGGUGCUGGCCACCUGGCUACCACUGCCCAGCCAAGGACUGGACUCAGGUUCCCAGUCCACAUCCUUGGAAGGCCAUGGAGUCACCAUGAGUGUGGAACCUACAGUGGCUUUGGAGGGAGGUGCCAUCGAGGGGCCUAUGAAGGCCACCUUGAAGCUGGUCCCCAGCGGGGCUGAUGCCACUUGGGGAUCUGAACCUAAAAGUUUCAUUUCUAGCACACAUGUGGCUGUGACUAUGCCUGGGGCCCAGAGCAUGCCCACACUGACCUCCAAAAGCUCCAGAGGCCACACACAGCCAGAGGACCACAUAGUGGCCCAGGGGUCAGCAGGGCCUCUCAUCAGUCUGCCUUCUCAUCCUUGGUCAUCUCUGGCCUCAAGCAUGAAUGAAGUGGCCUCAGUUUCCUCAGGGGAGCCCACAAGUCUGUGGGAUGCCUCUAGCACGCUGAUACCUGUGUCCUUGGGCUUGGAUGAAUCAGACCUGAAUGUUGUGGCUGGGAGUCCAGGCUUGGAGGGCUUCUGGGAAGAGGUGGCCAGCGGGCAGGAGGACCCUGCAGAGCCCUGCGAGAACAACCCCUGCCUGCAUGGGGGCACUUGCCGCGCCAACGGCACCAUGUACGGCUGUAGCUGUGACCGGGGCUACGCUGGGGAGAACUGUGAGAUCGACAUCGACGACUGCUUGUGUAGCCCUUGUGAGAAUGGAGGCACCUGCAUUGAUGAGGUGAACGGUUUCAUCUGCCUCUGCCUGCCCAGCUAUGGGGGCAGCCUGUGUGAGAAGGACACGGAAGGCUGCGACCGUGGCUGGCACAAGUUCCAGGGCCACUGCUACCGCUACUUCGCCCACCGGCGGGCCUGGGAAGAUGCCGAGAGAGACUGCAGGCGCCGGGCCGGCCACCUGACGAGUGUCCACUCGCCAGAGGAGCACAAGUUCAUUAACGGUUUUGGACAUGAGAAUUCUUGGAUCGGCCUGAAUGACAGGACAGUAGAGAGAGACUUCCAGUGGACAGACAACACGGGACUGCAAUAUGAGAACUGGAGGGAGAAGCAGCCGGAUAACUUCUUCGCGGGUGGAGAGGAUUGUGUGGUGAUGGUGGCUCACGAGAGCGGGCGCUGGAAUGACGUCCCCUGCAACUACAACCUCCCCUAUGUCUGCAAGAAGGGCACAGUGCUGUGCGGUCCCCCUCCAGCAGUGGAGAAUGCUUCCCUUGUCGGGGCGCGCAAAGCCAAGUACAAUGUCCACGCCACCGUGCGGUAUCAGUGUGACGAAGGGUUCUCCCAGCACCACGUGGCCACGAUCCGCUGCCGGAACAACGGGAAGUGGGACAGGCCCCAGAUUGUCUGCACCAAACCCAGGCGGUCACACAGGAUGCGCAGACACCACCACCACCAGCACCGGCACCACAAACCCCACAAGGAACACAGGAAACACAAGAGGCACCCGGCGGAAGACUGGGAGAAGGAUGGGGAGGACCUCUGCUGAAGAUCCGGGCUAAGCAAGCACACACUCCCACGCUCCUUCAGAACUCAGACAGCCUUGAGAGAGCGGGUGGGGACACCCCUGAGCCCCACACCCUUUUGGUCCUCUGUACAAAGCUCAGAUCACCCCCGCCUUCCCUACUGAGGUCCUUCUGGCAGGGAGGCUACUCUGGUCUGGCUGAACCCCUAGGAUCAAUUACCAGCCACUGAAAAGGGGUCCUAAAGUCUGCUUACUAGGUGUCCAUGGGAGGCAACAGCUUGUCUGUAUGUUCUGAGGAGUGACUUUCACAGCAGAGAUUCGGGCUUAGUAAACAGUGGCCCACCCUGAAUGCAGGGUGCCGCUUUGGCGCAAGGCCACUGGAUUUCAGAGCGGAGGCCCAGCAGUGUGGACAUGAACUGCACUGUAGUCCCACGCCCGCAAGGGUGGUCUUCCAUCUCUCUGGCUUUCUUUUUUCUCUCUCCUUCCUUCCCCCUGUCCCACACCCCAUAGACUAGGUUGGUCUUGAACUCACUAUUGUAGCUAAGGCUGAUUCUCCUACGUGUGCAUCACCAUGCCUGCCUGGUUCAUUUGGUGCUGGACACGGAACCCAGGGCCUGUGCGUAUAGGCAAGUGCUUUCCACUAACUAAGCCCAGCCUGGUCUUUGGUCUUGGUGCAUAAAUCUAGUGUGGAAUUUUUGUGUACUGAAUUUUAGUGAUGUCUCUUAGAGCCGGGCCUCCUUGCUUCUGCAGGGAGGCUACCUGGAGCAGUGGAGGCUGGAGGUUCGUACUGCUCGCUCCCCCUGGGUCUGGAGCUGUGCUAACGUAUGCCUGCUAGAUUUGAGACAGGGCGUCACUGUGCAGCCCUGGCUGGCCUGGAACUUAUCGCUCUGCCUGCCCCAGCCUCCGUGCUGAGGUCACUAUGUUCAGCCUUCUUUUGGUUUAUUGACAUAGGCUCUCACUCUGUAACCCAGGCUGCAUUUCAGCCCAUGGCAAUCCUCCUUUCUCAGCCAGAGUGCUGGGAUGACAGGCAUGCACCAUCACGUGUGGCAGCUUUGUGGGUUUAUGAUGACAGAUCUCUCACCCGUGUGUGUGUGUGUGUGUGUGUGUGUGUGUGUGUGUGU